AUGGCCCAGUUCCAGUUCCCAGUCGAGAUGAUCACCUCGCGCUUCAGCGACCGCUUCAACAGCAUGCGCUCGACCUCAGUGAGCUCGCGUUUCGCCAACUUGAAGCCGAUCUCCGAGUUUCUGGACAUCAAGCGUCUCUCCAAGCCUGCGGACUUUGGCGAGAUCCAGAGUCGUGUGAACUACAACCUCUCUUACUUCUCCAGCAACUAUGCCGCCGUCUUUGUGAUGCUCAGCAUCUACAGUCUGCUUACCAACCCCAUCCUUCUUUUCGUGAUUAUUCUGGUCACCGGUGGUAUGUAUGGAAUUGGCAAGCUGGAGGGCCGUGACCUCGAUGUUGGCUUUUUCCGCGCAACCACCUCCCAGUUGUACACGACCUUGCUCAUCAUCGCUGUGCCACUCGGUCUCUGGGCAUCGCCACUCGCGACUGCGCUCUGGUUGAUUGGAGCAACUGGCGUGACUGUUCUUGGUCACGCUUCAUUUAUGGAAAAACCUAUCGAGAAUGCUUUUUCCGAGGAGGCGGUCUAG